CAAUCAAGCACCUCGCCAUAUUUUAUUCCAACUUCUUGUGGUGUGAGUGUGGCGUAAAGUUGAAAACCGGUGUGAAGUUGUACCCUUUUUCAAAUUCAAAUAUUCAAACGUAUUUUUGUUUUUGGAGCGCAAAUUAAUUAAAUGAAAAUUGUAGGGAUCGAUGAAGCCCUUGAAGUGUCCCUUGUGCUGUGAGGGUACGUUCGAUACUCAUUCCGCCCUAAAAGAGCACAUUCAAAUGAAUCUCGAUAAUAUGUCGUGCCCUUCUUGUAACGUAAGGUGCGAGAUAAUGGAAUUGCCUAAACACUUGGAACAGUGUGUAAAUAAUAGAGAUAAUGCUCGAGUCUCUAGAAAGACGAUGAAGCAGAAAUCAGGAUCAGAAUUUGAUAAUUUAUUACAAGUUAAAAUAGAGGGCAAUGGAGGUGUUGUUACUGAUGAAAAUAAUACAACAGAAACAGAAGACGCCGCAGAUGUUACAUACUCGUGCGAUAUGAUAUACUCGUGCGAAAUGUGCAAAAUGACUUUCGAUUCCAUCGAAGAUCACUUGAACCAGUACCACCAAGACGAAGAGGUACUUGUGGAAACGAUAGAAACAGAAGAGGAACCUGAACAACAAGAUUAUUUGCCUGAUCACAAUACAUUUGAUGAACCAGAAGAAAAUUUUCAAGAAGAAGAAACUGAUUCGCAAACAUCUCAAUGCGAAAAAAAUAAGGCGUUUUCGAUUGAGAAGUAUAUUUCAGAUAACGGAAGACUUUGGAAACUUAGCCAAAUAGAAAACAGCAAAGAUCUAAACAAAAAACAAAUCAUCGAGAUUUUUAAUUGCCAAAAUUGCAAAUUACAAUUUCCAAAUUUGACUCAUUUUGAAAAACACCAAUGCCAAAAACUGACAGAUACGGAUGAGUCAAAAGUGGCUCAAAAAAAGAAAAAAGAACCUCGUAUUCAGUACCAAUGUGCAUUUUGUUGCUCGACUUAUUUGACUUUACCCGAGCUUCAGAAGCACAUGAAAAUACAUUUAACUGGAGAUGAUUCAGGUACAACGCAACCAAAAACAAUAACAAUGUCCCUCCACAUUUGCACAGUUUGUAAAACCAAAUUCCCCACUUACAAACAAUUGAAGCUCCACUCGAAAGUACACGAUGCAAUUGAAACCGAAGAAAGUCCGCCUUUUGAGGACGCAGAAAAACAGUUUCAAUGCGAAGUGUGCAAAAGGACAUACGAAAAACAAUACAAGGAAAUCCACAUGAAAUCGCACGAAGAUGAAGACCAAUUUAUUUGCGUAGUUUGCAACAAGACUCUAGAUUCUAGAGAGAGUUUGGUGCAUCACAGCAAAGCUCAUUCGACUGCCAAAAAGUUUACUUGUUCGUAUUGCAAAAAAUCAUUUAUAAACUUUUUAAGUUUGGAAAAACACAUCAAUAACGAAUGUCAACCUCGGUCGUUUGUUUGUUCUUAUUGCGGAAGGAGAUUUUCGAGAGCUCACGAAAAGGUAAAACAUGAAAGAAUUCAUACUGGUGAAAAACCGCACGUGUGCGAUAUAUGCGGCAAAGCCUUCAGAGUAAAAUAUUGCUUAACUUUGCACAUGCGCACUCACACGGGGGUUCGUCCCUACACGUGCCACUAUUGCGGCAAACAAUUCAAAUCUCAAAGCGUUUGCAGCCAUCACCUGAAAACGCAUUUCAAGGAUCGCAAUUACAAGUGCCCCUUUUGCCCGAAAACUUUCAAGACGGCCGUACAAUUAGCUGGACAUAAAAAUUGUCACACAAAACCGUUUUCGUGUACCGAAUGCAGCCGGCCUUUUUCGUCUUUAUACGCCAUCAAAGCUCAUAUGCUGAGCCACAAAAAAGAACACAGUUUGAAAUUUAAUUGUAACCUAUGUGGGGCCGAAUAUGGCAGGUCUCAUGCUUUGAAGGAUCAUUUGUUGGAGUUUCACGGCUAUGCUGAUGAUGAACGAGCUUUAAAGGAGAUGGAAGAAAGUGAAACUGUUGAAGAAUCUGGCGAAGAUGAGGCAAUGGUUGAAGAAACUCACGUGGUGCAAAUUGAUGAUGGGGAUGAGGAAAGUUACGUGGUACAUUAUACUGUAGAGGCUAAUGGAAGUAUUGAUGAAGACAGUCACAUGGAAACUGUUGAAGCGUAAUCUUUUGUAAUAAAGAAAUAUUAACUAAAAAUCCAAACCAAUUUUGUAUCAUUUCCAGUAUCUCUCUCACGAUUUUGCAGAAGUUUCUUGAGAGUUUUCAAUCUUAAAUUAAUCUUAGAGUUUCUAGUCUUUUGACUUUGAAAUUAUAUAUUGC